UUAAUAAUUUGUAUUCCACUGGAAUAAAAAUUUAAUUUCUGUCUUUAUCAAAUCUCUAUUUCAGAGUAUUUGUACGUAUGUACUUAUCGUCUGCUGUAUGAUCGAAUAUCGAAUAGGCGCUUGGCCAUGGAUCGCUGCAUUAGGUUUUCGUAAUCCCCGAAACCCAGACAAACCACUAUGGAAGUGCGGAGGUUCCCUGAUAUCGGCUAGGCAUGUUUUGACCGCAGCACAUUGUGCACAUAUGGAUGGAAUAGAAAACAUACACAAUCAUAAUAUUGUCAUUCUUAGAUUGGUGGAGGAGGUGCCAUUUUCGAGGUACGUAUAUCCCAUUUGUACGAAAGAGCCCCUACGAAAGAGCAACUUCGUCGGCUAUAACCCCCUUGUUGCUGGAUGGGGAGCAUUAAGAUAUAGACGACCACGACCUAAUGCAUUAAUGGAAGUACAAAUGCCAGUGAUUAAGAACGCCGAAUGCAAAAUAGCUUAUUCCAAAUUUCCUAAUGCACCUGAUAUCACUGAUGGUAUAAUAUGCGCCGAACAUGCUCAGGGUGGAGAGGAUUCUUGUACGGCUGACCGCGGCGGACCACUGCUGAUACAACAUGAAUUAACCUCGUAUUUAAUAGGAAAACAGUGCAGGAUGCUGUGAUUCGUUUCUUGUGGUCGGAGGUUAUGUUUGAUGCCUAUAUUUAUCAAAGAUUUAAUGCACAUUAUGGAGAAAGUGUUUUGUCACGAAGUGUGUUUGAAUGGGCACAAAAGUUCAAAGAAGAUCGCACGAGUGUUAUGAAAAAACAGCUGGACGCCCGUCCACAUCCACGAUGACAACAUUGAACGUGCUCAUGAACUUAUGCUCUAUGGAAUAGACGAGUGACACUGGAUAAUGUGGCAAAUCAUUUGCAAAUCAGCCACGGCUCUGCUUAUGCAAUAGUGCACGACAGAUUUGGAUUUUAAAAAGUUUGUGCGAGAUGGAUGCCGAAAAAGCUGAUGAAAAGGUGAAGACCACGAUGCAUUCGUGGUUCGCAGCUCAGCCCAAAACAUUUUUUAAUGAGAAAAUACAAAGGUCCUUCGGCAAAUGGACAAAGUGUAUACAGAAAUCGAGUGAUUAUGUCAAAAAAUGAUGUAUGUCUUUUUUGACAAUUGCUUAAAAUAAAUUCUACACCGACAGAGCGGGCUGUUAAUCUAGAGGCUGGAGUACAAAGAAGUGGCACAAUGAUGUGGGCUGAUGACAUUUAUUAUUA